ACAGACACAACCAGUUCGCAAUCCGAGCGCAAGCAACAACAAAAAAAGCGCGCGUUUAGCAUCCGUCCGCGCUGUUUUUCAGUAGUUUCAAAACCCUCAGAUAUACCCGCCACGCUGUUGUAAUCGCAACCGUUCUGCUUUAAUGGGACUUUGAACGCAUCAGUGGUUUCAAUCCAACAAACACAGAACGUCCCCUUAACGAUAGCGCGUGGUUCCCCUUUGUUUUUGUUUGUUUUGUUGUUUUGUUUUUUUCCGGGAACGUUCUUAACAUUUUAGGAACGUUCUUUUUAGGUUUUAUUUGUAAUAACCAUAAACUAACGUUCCCAGAACGUCCUGGGAACCAAAAAUUGUUUGCUGGGAAAGCGCCAUCGAUCGAGCCCGUUCUGAAUGCGUAACCAUUUAAGACGCUGUUGUUUUUUGAAAGCCAACAGAACUGCUGAAGGCAAGGAAUGAUGUUUUGCUGUGCCUUCUCCAGGAAAACGGACGUGUAGCACUGAAGACAUCUUUUGUUUCCUUAUUAGAGGAAGACUGUAACACAAUAGGGACACUAGACUCAUGAAGGCUGGACGGAUAACUGGCGCUGUCCGUUCAGCACCACCGCCAGACUCACCUUGCGCGCAAUGACAACGUAGAAAAACUCCCUGACCCCCUUAAAACCCGAGACGGGGCGUCAGAAUUGGUUUGCAUCUAUCCUUUGGAGUCAUUCAAGGCCAUGUAACCACUUUGGAUAAAGCGCUUUUGGAUUUCCAUUGUUGAUUUCGAAUGGUCUAUGCACAUGUGUUGCACGGGUCCCAGCGGUACGAUGAUGCCCGGCGUUGGUAGAAGAUAUGACUAGAAGGGGACGCCAUGGGCCAAGGCGACGACAAGGAUCGCAUCGUGAUCAACGUCGGAGGAAUCAAGCACCAGACCUACCGCAGCACCCUGCGCACCCUGCCCGGCACACGGCUCUCCUGGCUGGCAGAGCCGGACGCGCCCAACAACUUCGAAUAUGAUGCAAACAUUGGGGAGUUUUUCUUCGACCGUCACCCGGGCGUCUUCGCCCACAUCCUCAACUAUUACCGCACGGGCAAGCUGCAUUGUCCGGCAGACGUGUGCGGACCCUUGUACGAGGAGGAACUUGCGUUCUGGGGUAUCGACGAGACGGACGUGGAGCCGUGUUGUUGGAUGACUUAUCGGCGACAUCGGGAAGCCGAAGAGGCUUUGGACAGCUUCGCUGGGGGUGCCCUCGAUCUCGGGCACGAAGACCCGGAGCCUGAUGGGGUGGUAGAGGCGGCCGAGGGCGACGAGGGCGUUGAGAUGACCCGGAGACUGGCGCAAGGCGACUCGCCCGACAAAAGAUCCGGGCGUUGGAGCCGAUGGCAGAAGAAGACUUGGGCGCUCUUUGAGGACCCUUAUUCGUCGAGAUACGCGCGGUGGAUAGCAUUUGCAUCUCUGUUCUUCAUUCUGGUGUCCAUUACCACAUUCUGUCUGGAGACUCAUGAGGCCUUCAACUCCAUCAUUAACCGUACAGAGUACAGAGAGGUUGGAAACGAAACCGUGGAGAGUUUUUUCCCUGAGACAGAGACCAUGGUACAGCUAACCUACAUUGAGGGUGUCUGUGUUGUGUGGUUCACUUUUGAGUUUCUCAUUCGAGUGACUACAUGUCCAAACAAACUGAAGUUCGUCAGAAACACCCUCAACAUCAUCGACUUUGUGGCCAUUUUACCCUUCUACCUGGAGGUGGGGCUGAGUGGACUUUCCUCAAAAGCAGCGAAAGAUGUGUUGGGUUUCCUCCGCGUGGUGCGAUUCGUGCGAAUUCUACGUAUCUUCAAGCUAACGCGGCACUUUGUGGGUUUGCGUGUACUAGGUCACACGCUUCGUGCCAGUACCAACGAAUUCAUCCUUCUUAUAAUUUUCCUUGCUCUUGGAGUCUUAAUCUUUGCGACAAUGAUCUAUUACGCUGAACGUAUUGGAAGAAACCCCAACGAUCCUAACGCUAGUAAUGACACACACUUCAAGAACAUCCCCAUUGGCUUCUGGUGGGCUGUGGUUACUAUGACGACACUUGGCUAUGGUGAUAUGUACCCUCAGACGACUUCUGGUAUGCUGGUGGGCGCGCUGUGCGCCCUGGCAGGUGUGUUGACUAUUGCCAUGCCCGUACCUGUUAUCGUGAACAACUUCGGCAUGUACUACUCCCUAGCAAUGGCGAAACAAAAACUACCAAAGAAAAAAAACAAGCAUAUCCCACGAGCACCUCAACUGGGGUCGCCCAACUACUGCAAGUCAGCCAUUAACUCUCCACAACCCAGUACGCACAGCGACACAUGCCCUCUGGAACAGGAAGAGGUUUCUGAGGUCAGAUACCAAGAUUUUAAAGUCAACGGGGAGGCGUCCAAAGCUGCCCUGGCCAAUGAGGACUGUCCUCACAUCGACCAGGCGGUGUCGCCCGAGGAAGUCUUCAGCCCUGUGGACCGCGAGAGACCCUGCUUCCUGCUAACCUCCAGAGCAGAACGAGCCAACCACACAGUGGGGAGAGUCAGGAAGGGUUAUGAAAAGCCAUGGAGCCAUAGCAGCAUGUCUGGAGGCGUGGCCUCAGUGUCAGCCCUGCCCUGCAGCCCGCCCUGUCUCAUGCAGCAGGUCCACUCUCCCAUCCCAUCCAUCCUGUAGCAUGGACAACAAAACUAACCAAUCAGAAGCCCUCGCUCUGCAGCGCUGCGCUGAGACGCCUGCUCACACUGUGUAUCAUCCGUCUCUCAUUAAACUCUUGUUCAUUUGACACCUCUUCUCCUCUACUUCCUCUUCCCUUGUCCUUCUUCAUCUUUUAUUAUUCUUUGUCCCUUCUAUCUUUCCUACCUUCCUCUUUUAUUCUUUUCCCUUCCUCUUCCUUCUGUCUUUUCCUCUUCCCUUUUCCUUCCUUUCUCUUAUCGUCUCUUCUAUCUUUUCCCCUUCCUCUUCCCUUCUUCCCCUUCUACUUCCUCCUUUCCCCUUCCUCUUCCUUCUCUUCUGUCUUUUCCCUUCUCUUUCCUUUCCCUUAUAUUUCCUCACACCUUCUAUCUUUUUCCCCUUCCUCUUCCUUCUCUUCUGUCUUUUUCCUGUUCUCUUCUCCUUCUUUCACUUCUACUUCCUCGUCUCUUCUAUCUUUCCCCCUUCCUUCUCUUCUGUCUUUUUCCUCUUCCCUUCUACUUCCUUAUACAUCUAUAUUUUCUCCCUACUCUUCUCUUCCUCACCCUUUCCCCUUCCUUCACUUCACUUCUCUUCUCUUCUUUUCCUUUUCCCAUUUACAUCUUCCUCUUCCCUUCUAUUUCAUCAUUCCUUCUAUCUAUUCCCUUUUCUUCUUCAUCUUCUCUUUUACUUCCUCUUCUCUUCUCCACUAUCAUCUUCCUAUGCAGUGGUCGCGUCUUCUUCUCCUUCCUCUUUGUCUCAUUUCCUUCCCCCUUUCAAAACUUCUGUGCUUGCAUUGCUUCCCCCUUCUCUCUCCUUCAUACCUCCUUCUAUUUUCAAAAUCCUUGGGUGUUUCUAAGCUGUGGUCUUCAUUAGGUGCUAUUGGACACCAUUUAAAAGAAAAAAGAAGGGAACUAUGAGAAAAUGGCUAUUUCAUAUAUAGUUCAGUAGUAUGAAAACAAAUAUGAGAUAAUUGAGUAACACUAAACAAUCAUGAUUCUAGUGAUGCACACGUCACCAACAUAGAAACUUGACUGAAGAAACCUCAUUUGCAUUUGCAUGCCUUGCAUGGGAAACUAUUUGAGAAAAAAAAUUUAUAUUUAAUGAAAAUAUCUGAGAAUUAUUCUCAGAAGCAUCUUUAAAUGAAUCUGAUGCUGAGUGUGAUAUCAUUUACAAUGACAGACAAUAUAUGUAGCAUACUACACUGAAAACGUUUUUAUUUUAUUUUUUUGCAGACAUUUUUUGCCUUUCCCCAAACUAUGAUCUCUGGUGUGUUUAAGCACCAUUUAUCUGUUAGUAGCACUGUCAAGUCGACCAUCUGGCUUUUUGACAAACUAAUUAAGAUGCAAAUAGCGAAAAUGCACUUUAACUCUUUCUCAACCAGAGCAGGCAAAUUUAUUCCAAAAAUAUAAUUACACUUUUGAUACCAGCUAUCAAAAAUCAUUUUAUUUAACUACAAUCUACGCAUAUUUUCAUAAAUUACGUAUCAAGUGUGGUGUAUCUGAUACAUUUGUGUACAUGUCAUUUUCCAACAUUGCUUUUACACUGUAGCAAAUCACAAACAAAAUCAUAACCACAGAAAAUAUACAUGCAGUAGAUGUAUAAUGUGCUGAAAACAUAUUUAAAAAAAAAAAAAUAAUAAUAAUACUAAUAAUAUACUUUUGGGAUUACUUGGGGAGAGGUAAAUGCAUGCACUUUUAUGCAAAAAUACGUAUGCGAAUGACAAACUGUAAAUAUGAACCUUGCAUGAAAUAAAUUUUUUAUCCAAUCUGUAUAUAGACUCUGUUUUUCUUUUAAAGAACAUGCAUUCAUAACUCCCCCCGUUGCUUGGCAAUAAGCUCUGCCUGUAUUGUGAUGUCUCUUUGAUCUUUCACCCCUCUUUAUCUCUGAGCUGUUUUUCUAGCAGCUAUUUUUUCCAUUCUUUUGGACUUUACAACCUUGUAUUUAGAGGGAUACUUUACCCAACAUUGAAAAUUCUGUCAUCAUUAACCCAUUUGUUGUUUCCAACUCGUUUGACUUUCUUUUUUCUGUGAAACGCAAAAGGAAGUGUUUGGCAGAAUGACAACCUCAGUCACCAAUGAAAGUAAAUGCAAGAUUCAAUGAAAUUGAAUGGUGACUGAGGCUAACAUUCUGCCUAACACCUCCUUUUGGGUUCCACGGUAGAAAAAAACAAAAGUAAUAUGGGUUUGGAACAACAUGAGGGGGAGUAAAUGAUGACAAUAUUUGUAAUUUUUGGGUGAACUGUCCCUUUAAAAAAAAACAAAAUCGCAAUCAUUGUGAUUAUGCAUCAGUGUUACAAGUGCAUAAUUCAAUCCUGUUAAAAGGAUGCACAACCACACUUGUACAUUGAAAGGUCGGAAAGGUCAAAGAGAGAGUGUGCGACCUCCGGUGGGGUGGGGGGUUGAAACAGGAUAGCGAUGGCAGGACUAGCGAUGACUGUGCCCUGUUUCGCACACCGGUAGCAUGCCACAUCUCAUUAACCGAGCAUGAGAGUCACACUGCGUUCCAACUCACCCAAUCACAGCAUGAACUGAUGAGCCAAUCGUGUUAAAGGUAUAGUUCACCCAUACAUGUAAAUUUCUGUCAUCAUGUACUCACCCUCAUGUCAUUUUAUUCCCAUAUGACUUUUUCUUCUAGGGAACAUAAUUUCUUCUUUCAUGUUCCAUGGAAAAAAUAGCAGCAUACAGGUUUCAAAUGACAUGAGGGCGAGUAAAUAAUGACAGUCAUUUAAUUUUGGAAGGAACUAUUCCUUAUACAAUAACCUGUCUACAUUCAAUGUGUCUUAAUGAGUGCAGCUUGGAAGAUGAGCAUGGUAAAACACAUGGUAAAACCUGCAUUUACCAUGAGCCUGUGAUGGAAGUCAUACUGUAAGUCACCUGCUGGAAAUUUCAUGCAUCACACUGGAUGUUUGCUUGCACGAUUCGAGGGACAACAAUCCCGCCAGACUUCUCCAGCUGCCCCCCCUCCCCCAUGUUUCUGUGAAGUUCGUUUGGUGUAUUAAUAUGAUUUUCCUUGUUGUUUGUUGUUGUUGUUUUCUCUUCUUUAUGUGUUUAUAGAGAACCAGCGCACCAACCGAAGCAGACAACCAACCGAGUCAGUGUGUGUAAUGAACCAUGGUGUACCAACCACUAUGUGUGUCAACCAUAAAGCCACAUCCCCCACCUGAUAGUAUCGUAUUUAGCGUGUUUGUGUGAGAAAGUGCGUGUUGUACGUUUGGCGUAGAUUAACAUCUCUCUAUGAGUUGUGACUUAGAAUUAAUUCAGCGUAGAUGUAGCACACUAAUACUGAGAAGCUGUAGUCAUUUAGCCAUAUGUAGCGCUAUUUCAUCGUCGUUAAAUGUGCUGUCGUGCUGUGCGAAAUGCCUGGUGUUUUUUUGUUCGUGAGUGUCAGUGUUGUACAUAGUGCUCGUGUGUGCUGGUGUUGUAAAAACGUUCAUUUUUCUCUUUUAAGUGUUUGUUUUAGGUUGUUUAAAUGUUGUAAAAUGUUG